CCGGAAGUCACCCGGAACACUAUUGAUGUGCGACGGGGAGAAGAUGGCGGCGGCCAUGGUGCAAAUGGCCUGUUUGUACCGUGGGAUGUUAGCGGUGAGAGCUGCGGGCGUCCGACCGCUCAUUCCCGGACUUGUGACGAAUCAGCUCAGGGCUUUUUCUAUGAAAAAGGAACCGGAAUUAGAGGAAAACCCGUAUUAUAGUAAAUAUGAAGAGAAGAUCAGAAAACUGCGGAGCUCCAAACCUCAAGAAUACAAAGCCCGACUUGAGAAGUGCAGUGAGAUAAAGAAGGAAUCUGUUGGACACUCAAAACAAGCUGAUUUCAUUAAACUAAUGGAGCAGGAGAAGGAUAAGGGAGACAAAGCAGGACCUGGAGGUUUUACCAAAAACAAGACAUUAGAUUCAAUCCUCAACCUUGACAUGGUGAAGGACAAGUCUGGUCCUGAAAUUGGAGAGCUUUGGAUGAACUACUUCUCAACAAAAGACACAAUCAGUGCAGUCAUACCAGGUUCAACUUAUGAGAAGAUGAACAACCGUGCCAAGUUGUGCCCAACGUUUCUGUACGCUCUGCCCCGGAAAGAAGGGUACGAAUUCCUUCUGGGUCAGUGGGCUGGUCAGGAGCUACACUUCACCUCCCUCAUCAACGUUCAGACUUUGGGAGAAAACGCUCCCAGCCAGCUGAUUCUCUACCACUACUCAGACCUGAAGCAGGACAAGGACAUUGUGUUCAUGACUGCUGAAAUGGAUAGCAGGUUUAUGACUGUUCAUGAAGCUCAAUGUUUGGCCAAUCAGGUGCAGUUAUUUUAUGCAGCGCAGAGACAUGAGACUUUUCAACUAGUAGAGACGUUCAACCACAGACCGGCAGAGUUCAAACACAUGUCUGUGAUCGCAGAGCUCGAGCAGAGCGGGAUAGGACAAGCAGUCACUGCAAAGUAACACCCAGUCCUGUGGGAGAGAGGCUGGAGGAGCCAUGCGUAAAGGAGAGGAAGAUCACUCAGAGUCCUGGCAGGGGAAUCUGUCUAGUGUUGAUCCCUGCAUUGUACUGACUGUACUAGCCCUCAGUCCUAUCAUCUUUCAUUCUCACCUAAUUUCUGCAUCAGUACUUGGACAUUUGAUGUACAAAAGCUCUUGCGUUCCCAUUUUGGAAGUCAUUAUUACAUAGUGUGAUCUAUUUUAGUUUCUUCCCAUAUAACGUAUAUAUGUACAUAAUUUUAAGGAAUGAAGAAUUCACCACCAUAGACUACUAUAAGUUACCUUUCCUCCACCACGAUAAAAGGGUAUAGGAGUCUGAAGCUUGGCUUCCAUUCCAAAUUAUUAAAUAUUAUGCCAUGAAAGGACAAUUGUUUAUGCAACAUUGAUGUUGUGAACAUGUAUUUAUGAUAAUAGUGUGCAUGAGGGUGGUUGACUCUAACUGGAGAACAUAAAUAGUAUUUCAUUUGGAAUCUGAUAAGACUAUUAUAGAUAUUGUUGGUUUUGAAAGUAGUGUGACGCAUAUGUGAUGCAUAUGUGUAUAUGAUAGCUGGAACUUUUUGGAAUUAGAGCUGGAACAGUUACACCCAUAUGAACUUCAUUGCCACAUUAAUUGAAUAUAGUCAUUAAAUCUUUUGCAUUUGAAGCGUGAAUCUGAAAAUCACGUCACAACUUAGAUAUCUGACUGGUAAUAAUAUACAGUGUAAGACUGGAGCUGUGAGAUCAACCUUUAACACUCAAGAGUGUCAAACAGUGUCUUAAAAGGCCAAAAUGGGGUAUAGAUUAAAUUUAGAUGGAGGCAUGGCAUAGUGGUUAUAAUAAAGAUGUAAUACAGUUUCACUCUC